AUGGCGGCGAUUGAGGGGCACAUAUCCACCUGGACCGUCGACGAUGUCGCAGACACAAAUCUCGAAAUGGAGAUGGAUCAGAUCCUCGACGAGGUCUGGACGACAUUCGAGAAACGAGGGGUAUUUCGUUCGCAGGAGCCCUCGGUCCGAAAACAAGAUCUGGUCACUGGAUUAAGUUCUCGCUCUCCGACUUACUCUGAGCCACCUUCGUACGACACGCUUCCAAUUUACGACGAUGUGGUCCAUGACCUUCCUCCCGAAUACUCUGCGCUUCCACCGCUGGCACAGCGAAGGUCGACGGUUUACGCGGUGCCUGUAGGCCGGGAAAAAUCACAAAGUCGGUCUGAUUCCCUCUUGAAGGAUCACAUGCUGGAUGUACGGAUUGAUUUUGGGGAUGUGACUGGUGUAAGGGAACACAAGAAGAAAAAAGCCGGCGGCGCACCUAAAAAGGCUGCAGCGCCUUCUCCUCCGCCUCCGCCCCCGCCGCCACCGGCUGGUGGGGACGGUGGUGAUGAUAAUGCGAAUGGGGAUGGGGGCGAUGCAGGUGCGGGAGACGGCAAUGGGGACGGUGGUGAUGGAGGAGAUGGUGGUGGUGAUGAUUGGAACGAUUGGAGCACGAGCGGUAAAAAAGACAAAAAGAAGAAGGAACAAGAAGAGGAGGAAGAGAGGCUCGCCAAAGAGGAAGAAGAACGAAAAGCUGCAGAAGCUUCCGCUGCUAACGAUCUCAGCUGGGCUGAUGACGGCGGCGGUGGUGGCGACGACUCAUGGGCCGGUUUUGCAAGUGUAGGAAAGAAGAAGAAGGGAAAGGACGAAGCACCCCCGGGAGGGUUUCAAGAUAUCAGUCUGAACGAUGCGGCUCCACAGCUAGAUCUGAACUUCGAUUCUCCGGCCCCCAAGACCGGCGGAACUGGAUUCAGCUUUGGGGGUUGGGGGAAAGAUUGGAACACUGGCAGCAAAGGUGAUCCUCUGGACGCUCCAGGUGACGAUGCCAAGGACAACAAUCCCUGGGGACCAACCACGAAGAAGAAAGGAAAGGCCGAUUUUGACUUUGGUGACCUCGGCCCCUCACCUGCUGAAGAUACUAAACAGGAGGAUGACUGGGGAGAUGGUUGGGGCUUGCAAACCAAGGACAAGAAAAAGAAAGGCGAUGAUCCGGAACCAGAGCCGGAGCCAGCACCAGCAGCUGAGGCCUUACCACCACGUCCAGAGCCGCCAGCCAGGACCGAUUUCACCCAGGAAGCCUGGUACACAGGGAUGUCCAAGAAAGAACAACGGAAAGCCAAGAAAGAAAUGGAGAAGAAGCACAAAGACGAAGACGAUGAGUAUGCGAGGGUACUGGCUGAGUAUGAAGAGCAGGUUGCCGCCGCAGCUGCAGCAGCUCCACCCCCAGAGCCAGAACCGGAGCCCGAACCUGAACCGGAGCCAGUGGUAGAGGACCCCCCACCUGCUGCCGAGCCUGACAAUGACUGGAGCUGGGGUGUCUCAGUGAAAAAGGACAAAAAGAAAAAGAAGAUUGAUCUUCUAGCGGACCCAGUACCUCCCGCCCCAGAUCCACCACCAGCCGACGAGGGCUGGAUGGGAGGAUGGGGUACUGCGGGGAAGAAAGACAAGAAGUCUCAAGAUCCGGAGCCCAUUGUAGAGGAGCCGCCAAAAGCCACGGAGCCAGACGAUGCCUUCAGUGCGUGGGGUAUUACAUCUAAGGACAAGAAGAAAAAAAAAGGCAAAGUCGACCCCGAACCUGAACCGGAGCCAGUACUUGAGCCCGAGCCUGAGCCCGAGCCAGAACCUGAACCUGAACCGGAGCCGGAGCCGGAGCCGGAACCAGUUGUGCACAGCGAUCCUCUCUACGAAGGCUGGAAUGAGCUUUCAUCGAAGGAACGUAAGAAGCGCGAAAAGCAACUGAUUCGUAAGGGUCUUCCUAUCCCUGGAAAGGAUUUCGAGCUUCCUUCCAAUGAGCCCGAACCAGAACCGGUUGUUGAGCCGGAACCUAUACCUGAACCUGAACCUGAACCUGAGCCAGAACCAGAACCAGAACCAGAGCCCGAGCCUGAACCAGAACCAGAACCGGAGAAACCAGCCGAGGAUGAUUCAUGGGGUAUAUGGGGACCAGCCAAGGACAAAAAGAAGAAGAAGGGUUUAGAUAUUGAGCCUCCUCCGCCUGCACCAAGUCCGCCUGCCCAGGGUCUGACCCCAGAGCCGGAAUCCUUCAACGACGAUGUGUGGGCAGAUUUGGCGCCGAAGACAUCCAAGACAACCAAGAAGACUAAGGCCAUUGAAACUCCCAAAGAGGAGAAAUCCAAGGGAGGCUUUUGGUCAAGUUUUACGGGUGGAACUACAAGCAAAUCCAAGUCUAAGAAGGUUAAGGAGCCUGAACCCGAACCAGAGCCUGCCCAGGAGGAAGACUUGCUCAUCGAUGUUGGUGAAGAUGCUCCCGCGGACCCAGAGCCAGAGCCAGAACCUGAACCUGAACCUGAACCUGAACCCGCACCGGAGCCUGAACCAGAGCCAGUUCCAGUAAAGACUUCCAAGAAGGCCUCUAAGCUAAGUGUUGCAGAGCGUAUCAAACAGUUGGAACAGGCCAAGAAAGACAAGCUCAAGGAGGAGAAGUUGAAGAAAAAGAAGGCUGAGGCCGAACCAGAGCCUGCGCCUGAACCUGAACCGGAGCCUGUCCCCGAGCCUGAACCGGAGCCUGAGCCUGAGCCUGCUCCGACAAAGAAGAGCAAGUCAAAAACCAAGAAAGAGGAUUCGCUUCCUGGCGCGUUCCCUGACUUUGGAGAUGACGCUGAACCUGAACCGGAGCCAGAACCCGAGCCUGAGCCUGAACCUGAGCCGGAACCUGAGCCGGAACCGGAACCAGCACCAGAGCCCGAGCCCGAGCCACCAGCACCAGAUCUUUCCAAGAUGUCUAAGAAGGAAUUGAAAAAAUACAAGAAGGCCGAGGCUGAGAAAGCUGCAGCUGCAGCCGCAGCAGCGGCCGCUCGUGAGCCCACUCCGCCACCAGAAGAGCCUGCACCAGAACCCGAGGCCGAACCAGAGCCAGAGCCGGAACCUGCUCCAGAACCUGAGGUUGAAGCUGAAGCUGAUCCCGAACCGGUACCCGAGCCUGAGGCUGAAGCGGAGCCAGCUCCUGAAGAGCCGCCAGCAGAGGAAGCCACUCCACCUACGCCUCCACCGGAAGUCGAGGAGCCACCUAAGCCUGCGAAGAAGGAACGGCCUCGUGUUGAUCGUAACACGAACACCUGGGGUUCAUUCUUCGGCGCUGCGCCCCCACCAAAGAAGUUGACCAAGAAGGAGAAGCCUCGCGAUGAGGAGCCAAAGAAGAAAGAAUCCACGCGCGAGCGAUCUCCAGGGCCAGUUCGUACAAAAUCGACAAAGUCCCGACCUAAAGAGCCGGAGCCAGAUGUCGAAAAGUCAUCUUCCGAUCGGGAAAAGCGACGAGAACGAGAAGGCCGACCAUCGAAGAAUCAACGUGGCGUAGCCUUGGCUAACAUGGUUCUGGGUACGCCUCAGUCCAAAAGCAAAUCUACUCGGAAACAAGGCACAUCUUCAAAAGCACCAUCUCGACGUCCGUCUUUUGAUGAAGAUCAAGCUAUGCCUACCCCGCCGCCUGAUGAUAAGCCUGAGGUUUCAGAUAAGGCUGCCAAAUUAAUGGGGAUGAAUACGAAAGCUCGGCGUGAGCGGCCGCGCACGGAGCGUCGCAAAUCGGCUCGUGACCCGUAUCCGACCGAAGAUGACGAUCUUGUCGUCGUCGAUAUGGAAGAUGCUGAGGGCCAAUCACCCAAAGAGGAUUCCAGAGGUUCGAAACGCAAGUCGAAGAGACAGGCAUGUAAAGCGCACCUAGAAACUGAACCAGCAUUGACAUUUCGAUAG